AUGGCAGUACAGACGCAGUUUGACUACAAGGUCAAGUUCGUUCGACACGAUGGUGCACGAGAAUUUGCGGCGACUUCGCUCAAAGCAUUUUACGAUGAUCAAGGAAUCGAGCAGCAAGUUACCGUUCCAUAUGCGCAUCAGACCAACGGCACGGCGGAACGGGCAAUUCGUACCAUUGUGACGAUCGGGCGCAGCAUGCUUCACUACGCCAAGCUGGACAAGUGUUUUUGGGCUGAAGCAUCAAUGACGGCGAUCUACAUCAAGAAUCGCUUACCAUCGCCCAAGUACCAAGAUCAAACCCCGUUCGAGAUCUUCAACGGAUUUCGACCAAGUGUGAAGCACAUGCGGGUUUUCGGCUGUCGAACAUUUGUGCUGACCUUUAAGGAAAAGAGAUCGAAGUGGGAUCCGAAGGCUCGUGAAGGACUAUUAGUGGGGUACGAAAAGUGUCAAAGGCAUAUCGCGUUUACGACAUUGAAGCGGACCAAGUGGUGA